UGGAACAUGUCGGUGGUUACCGGAGGUAGCGAACCGGGCCCCGCCGCAGCCGCCACCGGGGGAGGCGCCGGCGGAGGGACCCGGGUUUUCUUUCAGAGCCCGCGCGGAAGCGCCUCCCGGGAAGAUUCGGUGGGCCCCGCCGUGGUCCAAGUCCAGCAGCAGCGGCGCCACCAGCAGGGCAAAGUGACGGUCAAGUACGAUCGGAAAGAGCUGCGUAAAAGGCUAGUGCUGGAAGAGUGGAUCGUGGAGCAGCUCGGGCAGCUCUACGGCUGCGAGGAAGAAGAGAUGCCAGAUGUAGAAAUUGAUAUUGACGAUCUUCUGGAUGCUGCUAAUGAAGAGGAGAGAGCCCUCAAAUUACAAGAAGCGCUUGUAGAUUGCUACAAACCUACAGAGGAUUUUAUCAAAGAACUUCUAACUCGGAUAAGAGGGAUGAGGAAGUUGAGCCCUCCUCAAAAGAAGAGUAUAUAAGUGAACAUGGAGCCCUCUUGAGAGAAGUGAUCAAUAAACUGGAACUAUUAAAUAGGACACCUGCUAGUUUGGUCGUUAUGAGCAAUUUUCUCUUUUUUGGUUGAAUUCUGACAAUUUAAAGAAUUCAACCCCUUCUGUUUAUGGCAAUUUUUUUCAAGUGUGGUUUUAUUUUAUCACAGAUAGCAACAUUACGGAUGCUGCUUUGACUACCUGCGGAUGAUCAAGAUGGAUGGGAAUACAUCAAUUUUAGAAGGACUUUCCUGGGCAGUAAUUUUGCCUGAUGUAUAACUUCUAGGGAAACUACUGUUCCUUUACAACCA